AUGGCUUCGUCAGUGGCCGCCGCGGCGAGCACAUUCCUGGGCACCCGCCUGGCGGACCCGGCGCCGCAGAACGGGCGCAUCGUGGCCCGGUUCGGGUUCGGAAAGGCGAAAAAGCCUGCUGCCCCGAAGAAGGUGUCGAAGACCUCCUCUGACCGGCCGCUGUGGUUCCCCGGCGCCGUGGCGCCCGACUACCUCGACGGCUCGCUGGUCGGCGACUACGGGUUCGACCCGUUCGGGCUCGGGAAGCCCGUGGAGUACCUGCAGUUCGAGCUAGACUCGCUGGACCAGAACCUGGCCAAGAAUGAGCCCGGCGCCGUCAUCGGCACCCGGUUCGAGUCCUCCGACGUCAAGUCCACCCCGUUGCAGCCCUACAGCGAGGUGUUCGGCCUCCAGCGGUUCCGCGAGUGCGAGCUCAUCCACGGCCGCUGGGCCAUGCUCGCCACCCUCGGCGCCCUCUCCGUCGAGUGGCUCACCGGCGUCACCUGGCAGGACGCCGGCAAGGUGGAGCUGGUGGACGGGUCCUCCUACCUGGGCCAGCCGCUGCCGUUCUCCAUCUCGACGCUCAUCUGGAUCGAGGUGCUCGUGAUCGGCUACAUCGAGUUCCAGCGCAACGCCGAGCUCGACCCGGAGAAGAGGCUGUACCCCGGCGGCUCUACUUUUCGACCCGCUCGGCCUGGCGGCCGACCCGGAGAAGAAGGAGCGGCUACAGCUGGCGGAGAUCAAGCACGCGCGCCUCGCCAUGGUCGCCUUCCUCGGCUUCGCCGUGCAGGCCGCCGCCACCGGCAAGGGGCCGCUCAACAACUGGGCCACCCACUUGAGCGACCCGCUCCACACCACCAUCUUCGACACGUUCGGAGCAUCCUCUUAAGCCCGCCAUUAAUUGCUCCGCCCUGUCCAUCGAUCGAGAAACGUGUUCUUGAAUUAACUAUGAUCUCUAUGAGCCUGGAGAUGGAUCCCGUCGUGCGUGGUUUCAUUUUGUGA